GGGAUCCAGCCCCGCCCCCUCGGGUGCCGCCCCCCCACGUGGCCUGGGGCGGGCGGCGCGGGCACCUCCCCUUCCUCCCCGCCCUGCCCCAGUGCGCGGGCCUGGACCGCACUAAGCGAGCGCCCCGGACCAGCGCCGGCGGGGCUGCCCACCGUUUGGCAAGAUGUCGGUGAAGGAGGGUGCGCAGCGCAAGUGGGCGGCGCUGAAGGAGAAGCUGGGGCCGCAGGACUCGGACCCCACAGAGGCCAACCUGGAGAGCGCUGAGCCCGAGCUGUGCAUCCGGUUGCUGCAGAUGCCCUCCGUGGUCAACUACUCAGGGCUGCGCAAGCGGCUAGAGAGCAGCGACGGUGGCUGGAUGGUACAGUUCCUGGAGCAGAGCGGCCUGGACCUGCUGCUUGAGGCGCUGGCAAGGCUGUCUGGCCGCGGGGUGUCCCGCAUCGCCGAUGCCCUGCUUCAGCUCACCUGCGUCAGCUGCGUACGCGCAGUCCUGAACUCACAGCCGGGCAUCGGGUACAUCCUCAGCAACCAGGGCUAUGUGCGCCAGCUCUCCCUGGCCCUGGACACGUCCAACGUGAUGGUUAAGAAGCAGGUGUUUGAGCUUCUGGCCGCCCUGUGCAUCUACUCACCUGAGGGCCACGCGCUAACAUUGGAUGCUCUGGACCACUACAAGAUGGUGUGCAGCCAGCAGUACCGCUUCAGUGUCAUCAUGAACGAGCUGUCAGACAGCGACAACGUGCCCUAUGUUGUCACCCUGCUUAGCGUCAUCAACGCCAUCAUCCUGGGCCCCGAGGACCUCCGCACCCGCACCCAGCUGCGGUGCGAAUUCAUUGGGCUGCAACUGCUGGACAUUCUGACCCGGCUGAGAGACCUGGAGGACGCCGACCUGCUAAUCCAGCUGGAGGCCUUUGAGGAGGCCAAGGCAGAGGAUGAGGAGGAGCUACUGCAUGUGUGUGAUGGCAUCAACAUGAACAACCACCAGGAGGUCUUCGCCUCGCUCUUCCACAAGGUGAGCAGCUCCCCAGCAUCGGCCCAGUUGUUGUCUGUGCUGCAGGGCCUCCUGCACCUGGAGCCCUCUGGCCACUCUGGCCAGCUGCUCUGGGAGGCCCUGGAGAGCCUGGUGAACCGGGCUGUGCUCCUGGCCAGCGACGCCCAGGAAUGCACCCUGGAGGAGGUGGUGGAACGGCUGCUGGCUGGCAAAGUUCGGCCCCGUCCAAGCCUCCUGGACCAGGCUCACAAGAGUGUCCAGGCUGAUCUUGGCCAGAAUCAGAGCGACACACUCGCCCAAAACACUACUGCCUCUGGGACUGGCAUAGAUGCCCAGCAACCAGCAGUGGCUUCUGUCUGCCAGCAGGUGGCCAGCACCCAGAGCUCCAGCUCAACAGCUGUGCAGCCCACAGUGCCCCCACAGAGGGCACCCAGCCCUCCUCCACCUGCACCCUCUCUCCCAGACCCCACCACUCGGUCUCCCUUACACCACCUUCCAGGCCUGGGGUCUACAUCUCCCCCAGCCCCUCCUCCUCCCCCACCCCCUCCCCUGCCCAGCCUGGGGGCUACAUGUCUCCCUCCUCCUCCCCCACCCCCUCCCCUGCCCAGCCUGGGAGCUGCAUCUCCCCCAGCACCUCCUCCUCCCCCACCCCCUCCUCUGCCCAGCCUGGGGGCUGCAUCUCCCCCACCCCCUCCUCCUCCCCCAGCCCCUCCCCUGCCCGGCCUAGGAAGCUCAUUUUCCUCAGUACCCCCACCUGCACCCCCUCUGCCAGGCUUUGGCAGUGCCCUACCCCCUCCCCCUCCCCCACCUCCUGGUGUGGGCUGGGGGCCCCCUCCCCCACUGCCAGGCACCUCGGGGCUCCCUAUGGCAGCCGGCGUGGAAGAGAUCAUUGUGGCACAGGUGGACCAUGGGCUGGGUUCCACCUGGGUCCCCAGCCACCGCCGAGUGAACCCCCCAACGCUGCGCAUGAAGAAGCUCAACUGGCAGAAGCUUCCUUCCAAUGUGGCCCGAGAACGCAACUCCAUGUGGGCCACGAUGAGCAGCCCAGGCACCGAGCAGGUGGAGCCUGACUUCUCCAGCAUCGAGCGGCUUUUCUCCUUCCCCACUGCCAAGCCCAAAGAGCCCACGGCUGCCCCGACCAGAAAAGAGCCCAAGGAGGUCACUUUUUUGGAUGCCAAGAAGAGCCUGAACCUCAACAUCUUCCUGAAGCAGUUUAAAUGCUCCAACGAGGAGAUCACUGCCAUGAUCCGGGCUGGGGACACGGCCAAGUUUGAUGUGGAAAUUCUCAAACAGCUCCUGAAGCUUCUUCCAGAGAAGCAUGAGAUCGAGAACCUUCGGACAUUCACAGAGGAGCGAACCAAGCUGGCCAAUGCCGACCAGUUCUACGUCCUCCUGCUGGACAUUCCCUGCUACCAGCUCCGGAUCGAGUGUAUGCAGUUGUGCGAGGGCACGGCCAUCGUGCUGGACAUGGUGCGGCCCAAGGCCCAGCUGGUACUCAACGCCUGCGAGAGCCUGCUCAACAGCCACCGGCUGCCCGUCUUCUGCCAGCUGAUCCUGAAGAUCGGGAACUUCCUCAACUAUGGCAGCCACACAGGGGAUGCUGAUGGCUUCAAGAUCAGCACACUGCUGAAGCUCACAGAGACCAAGUCCCAGCAGAACCGUGUGACACUGCUGCACCACGUGCUAGAGGAAGUGGAAAAGAGCCACCCAGACCUCCUGCAGCUGCCUAAGGACUUGGAUCAGCCAUCCCAAGCUGCAGGGAUCAAUGUCGAGAUUAUCCGCACAGAGGCUGGCACCAACCUAAAGAAGCUGCUGGAUGCAGAGCAGAAGGUGUCUGCCUCCAUUCCCGAGGUGCAGGAGCAGUACAAACAUCGCCUGCAGACCAGUAUCACAGCCUCCCGAGAGCUGGAUGCAGUGUUCAGUGCCAUUGAGCAGAGAAAGCUGGAGCUGGCCGACUACCUGUGCGAAGACCCCCAGCAGCUGUCCCUGGAGGACACGUUCAGCACCAUGAGGACCUUCCGGGACCUCUUCACGUGUUCCCUGAAGGAGAACAAGGACAGAAAGGAGCAGAUGGCGAAGGCAGAGAGGAGGAAGCGGCAGCUGGCAGAGGAAGAGGCACGGAGGCCGCUGGGCAAGGAUGGGAAGCCUGGAAGGAAGGCGCCAGGGAGGCAGGAGGAGGUGUGUGUGAUCGACGCCCUGCUAGCCGACAUCAGGAAGGGCUUCCAGCUGCGCAAGACGGCCCGCGGCCGAGGGGAAGCCGAGGGGAGCAGCAAGGUGGCCUCAAAAGACCCCCUUAGGGUCCCAGAGCCUGCAGCAGCCAGCGACCCUGUGCAGGGCCCCACUGGUGGCACCAGCGACCCUGCCCCGGAGCUGGACCUUCAUGCCGCAGUGGCCAGUGAGCCCCCGGGCUGCGACUUUGUGGACACUGUGAUCCCCAGCCCAGCAUCCCAUGGCAAGGAGAGUGGGCCACCACCCCUGGAGCGGCGCUCCUCCUGGUACGUUGAUGCCAGUGAUUUCCUGGACACCAAGGAUGCCCUGAACACCUGCCCCUCCACAGAGGCCUGGCCGGUGGUCUUGGGAGACUCCCACGCACUGAAACUCCUGGAGUUCUCCAGCAAAGAGCCCCCAGGAUCACAGAGUUCAGGGCCCCAGGACACCGAAGACCCCGAAAAUUCUCAGGGUGUCCACCUGGCCAAGGCAGACAGCACAAGCCAAGGGCCAGAGGACAUAGGCCCUGGUGGGGAUGAAGACAGGGAGGACACAGCCCUGGAAUCUGCACUGGACACAUCCCUGGACAAAUCCUUCUCCGAGGACGCAGUGACGGACUCCUCUGGGUCCGGUACCCUCCCCAGGGGCCUGGCCUCGAAGGGCUCAAGCAAGCGGAGGAAGAGGCGCCCCGCUAGAAGCCAGGAGGAGGUUGCCCCUGAUUCUGAUGAUAAUAAAACAAAAAGGCUGUGUGUAGUCCAGUGAGGCCUCAGGCCCAAGCCCAAAGCCAAGUGAGAGACGCGUGGCCCUGGCACCGCGGCAGCCUGCACAUGCUACUAAGGAGGCUCCUGCGGCGACCAGGCUGGGACUGGGCCCUGAGGAGCUGAACUGCGCACCUUUCCCAGCCCAGGCCUCAGCCUCCUGCUGGUGUUGCAGCCAGAACCCUGUGGAUGCCAGCGCCCAGGCCUGGUGCCCCUGCAGCACCUGUACAUACACAGCUUGUGACCUGCCUUGUACCCCCACACUGCUCCCCAGGUUCCUCACCCUUGGGAGAUGUCACCUCCCUCAUUCUAGCCCUGCCUCUGUCAACUCAGCUGGGGCAGUUUUGCGUGCGUGCAUGUGUGCAUGCAUAUUGGAGACAGACUCUGGAUAAGUUGUCCAAGCUGGCUUCCAACCGGGACCCUCCUGCCUGGUUGGGGUUACAGGCAUGUGCCACCCCACUCAGUCCUCAGCUGGUUUUUGAUUUAAAGACAGUUCUCUUUGAGUCUGUGCUUUGGAGGCAGCUGUGUGUUGGGAUGGUGCAGGGACUCCAGGUCUGGGCUGAGGUAGCCUGGCAGCAGUGCCAUGGGCAGUGUCCACAGCCCCUUAGGGUAACCAGGGGGCUGCCCUGUGGCCCUGCACCUCGACUAGCCACCUCAUCAGCUCCCCAGCAGGACCAGCUGCCCAAGGCCCGGGUGGACCACUGAGGCUGGAAAGGACUCGACCAAUAAAGAGCAAGCCUGGCCCAGCUGACCAUUGUGUUGGGCAGAACUGGAUGGGCUUUGGGGCCGCAGUCCCCACCUUCCGUCUCACAGCGUGGGGAGAGGGAUGGGUGAGUGGAUGGGGUGAAUGAGAACGAUGACAAAGGGCAGGGACUAAGAGACAGAUGUGCAGUGGGCAUCUCAGGCUCCAUGGCAGGAUGGUGAGGCCUGACGCCCACCAGGCAGCAGGGUGGCCCCCAGCACGAGCACCUGUGUCUGUGAGACAGCAAAGGGCAGGGUGGGGGCUCAGCAUCUGCCUGCCGCCCUGAAAUUAAAAAUUGUUAGUGGCA